GUUCUAUGUUGAGCCAAGUCAAGACAAGAAAGAGCAUCUAUUUUGGUAAUUACAUGUCUGAGGUGUGAUUGUGAACCACUAUCUGCUUGAUCCAGUUAAUUUCCAUGAAUGUCGGUUUUUUACAGCUAAUUAGAUUAAUCUUGGCCCAUUAUGAAUACUCAAACUAAAACGAAGUUAGACUGUGAACAAAGUGGCGAAGAAGUUACUUAUAAAUGAAUCGGCACGUGCGAUUUGUUCUGCAUAAUCACAACCGCCAGCCAAGGGAGUCACUGUUUACAUCCAGCCAUCCCUGUUUUGUUUAGAUGUAUUUCAGAUGGAUCAGUUUGAUUGACAGUUUUGUUAAUACCAUCUGAUGAUGCCCAAGAAGAGGGAUAGAGAGACGGACGAGACAACCCCAAAGAGGUUCAGGCAGUCCACGUUGGAUUUCCAUUUUACAUCAAAAGGUGGAGUGAAAUCAAAUCCUGAAGAGGACGAGGAGGAGGCGAUGAUGAGUGCAGAGGAGAGAGCUGAGAUGCAGAGGAGGAGGGAUCUCAUGGCAGCCGCUGCUGAAAGAAGGAAACAAGCAGGCUCACCAUGGAGCACACCACCAGGCAGCCCUGAGAAUGUGGAAGACAAUGACAGCAAUCGCAUGCUACGAUCAUCAACCUCAAAGACAGUUCAACCUUCAUCACCGGAUAUACCAUCAAGAACUGUGCCCAAAAGCAAUAUGAUAGCUGCUUUAUCAGAAGCUAGCGAUGCUUCUCUGCAAGAGAGGACUAGUAUCCCAAAACAAGAGAAAGAUGUUUAUAAGAGGACAGAUCGGUAUGAUUAUGUCGUAGAAAAGGGAGUAUUGCCCGAUGAGAUGGACAGACCUUCAACCUCGAAAGACGGUUACAAAAGUAAAGUGACUGGAAAAAAUGGGGAAGAUGAGGAUGAUAUGAAUCGUUCAGAUGUGAAUUAUGCAGAGAUGGAACCCGCGAGUCCAACUCUGGAAUACAUGUAUGAUGGAGAUGGAUCACAACCGUUGUUUACUGAUUCAGAACCUUUGGAAGAUGAGGAGGUUCACUGCACAGAUGUUCCAACUUCGUAUUGGAAAGGUUCUCCUAUCUCAGAGUUAAACCGGGCACCAGCCUGUUCUGAUGUAUUGCCUGAGAUGAGACCAUCCCAAGAUCACACCAUUCUCUUCAGAACCCCAGUGAAAUCGGGUGUUGUUCCCACUGCCUUCCCAAGUGAUUACCAAGAUAAAUGGGAUGGUGACCAUGUAAGAAUGCCCUGCUCUCCAGAAAACCUAUAUCCUGUUGAGGAUCAGGCUGGAAGAAAGAAGGUCCAAAGCAGAUGGGAGCUCAUUGAAGCAACGUUACUUGGUGGAAUAAAGAACUCAGUAGAUUUAGAAGAAGCUAUUUUGACGUACAAUGCUCGCUACAGCCAGCGUUGGAACUUCAGAGCGCUUCACACUCUCUUUACGGAUGUACUAGAUGCAGAGGAAACAACUUAUUUCUUUGAUAAGAUUCUCCCGGAGAUGGUUAAUCUAGCUCUACGAUUGCCAAAAUUAUGUACUCAGGCCAUUCCUCUAUUAAGAAGACAGUUAACACACAGCAUCACAAUAUCUCAACAACAGAUAGCCAGCCUCCUUGCCAAUGCUUUCUUCUGUACCUUUCCACGACGGAAUGCUCAGCAAAAGAAAUCAGAGUACUCCAAAUUCCCAGAUAUCAACUUUAACAGGUUAUUUGAGAUGGGCAAAGGUUACAAAAAUCACAGAAAGAUUGAGAAGUUAAAGUGUAUCCUGAUUUACUUCCGUAGAGUUACUGAAAAUGUACCUACGGGAACUGUGACCAUCAGCCGCAGGGCUUUGACUGAUCUACCCAGGUGGGAUAAAAGUACAGCACCUCUCACGAGGCUUCACAUGGCUGCAUCGGGAAUGAUUGAGAAGGAAGGCCAUGGAAUGCUUCAGAUGGACUUUGCUAAUAAAUACAUCGGUGGCGGUGCAUUGGGGUUUGGUUGCGUCCAAGAGGAGAUCCGCUUCAUGAUCAACCCAGAGCUCAUAGUGACUCGUCUCAUCACGGAGGUUCUGGAUGACAAUGAGUGUGUCAUUAUCAAAGGUGCUGAGCAGUUCAGUGACUACACCGGAUAUGCCAACACUUUCAAGUGGAAGGGAAGUUUCAAAGACUCUACCACAAGGGAUGCAUGGGGAAGGCUAGAGACUGAGAUCGUUGCCAUUGAUGCCCUUGUGAUCCGUCGAUAUGAAGAUCAGUUCAGACCUGAUUGUCUCCGGAGAGAGCUCAAUAAGGCAUAUUGUGGUUUCCAUGGUAACACCUCAUCAGAGCAUCUACCUGCCAUAGCUUCUGGUAAUUGGGGUUGCGGAGCUUUUGGAGGAGACAAGAGAGUGAAAGGACUAAUCCAAAUGAUGGCUGCAGCUGAAGCAGGGAGAGAUCUGGCUUACUUCACGUUUGAAGAUAAGGAUUUAUGUGAUGAUAUGGCAGGCAUGCAUGACUUCCUAGCAGCCCAGUCUGUCACUGUUGGUGAUCUGUGGAGGAACCUUCACAGGUACAGGACGGACGUCUUGAGACGUGGUGCAGGAGCAUCCAAGCCCAAGCUCUUUCCGUACCUCCUUCAGCUCUACACGGUGUGUGAUUCGGACACCGACGAGUACGAGACCGAGGCAGGCCCCCCAGCUGAGGCCAAGACCACAGCUGGCAGAAGCUACAGUCCCAACUACAGAGCAGAAACACCUUGAUUGUUAUUGGUGCAGCAUGCUAUAAGGGCAGAUUUUCAUUAAAACUAUGAAACUCACUAUUAUAAGUUAUCAAAAUCGUUGCAUCUGAUUGGCUCAGAGCAAAUAGUGAAAGUUAUUCACUAUCUGUUUCAUGAAAUGCUUCUAAGCUGAUGACUGAUGAAGUGACCACCAAGUUCUGUUAUUAGGCAGGGCCUGCUAACAAGAGCAUUGCUACAGAAGUUGUAGUCAAUUGCCUGUGUCCCAUGUUCGAAAUGGGUAUUAAAAUUGAGGAUUCAUGGGAAAUAAUAGUUUGACUGCUGGAUUCCGUAAUUCUCACAGGCUUGGCACAGUUUGAUCAUCCAAUUUUUGAGUAAGGCUUGCCGUGCUGCUGUAAACAAGACCCUUUAAAGCUAUAGUUCCAACUAUGGAACAGAAUUUCUUAACCCUCUAACUGCCAAGUGCACAUGCUCAAGCUUGUGUAGGAUUGCCAAAUGCAUGCUUGCAGUUGUCACAAAUUAAAAAUUCAACUUUGUGAUUAUGUCGAGUCAAACCAUGAUAAUGUACGUGUAAUGAGAUACUAUUCACUAUGUAAUCUAAAAGUGGCACUUGGAGGAUACACGAGACUGGGCAUGGUCACGGGUGUCAUUUUUCAUAAAAUUGUUGCAGAGUAUGAAAUGACAAUUGGCAGUUUAUCACUUUACUUAUAGAUGAAAAGCAUUAAUGCUCUAUCUAUUGUAAUUAUGUUUUCAAAUAUCAGAGAUUGAAAAUAAUACAUUUAUGCCAAGUCUUUAUAGUAUAUUAGAAUAUCAGUCUUGAAUCUGCUCAUGGUUGCAGACAUUUGUGAGUUGUUCCGUGUAAUCACCUCGUUACGUUGAGUUUUGUGAUUUAAUUAUGUCUUCUUUUUUUUUAGAUAAAAGUUUGUCAAUCAUAUUAAAAAACAUGUUAGGUUUCUAUAUCUUAAACAUAUAUGUAUACAGUGCAAUCAUUGUUAUUAACUGUACAUCUUUUAAUUUUCCAUAAGUUGUGUUCUUUCUCUACAGCUAGCAAUAAUACAUUAAAGCCCUGCAAUGUGUGUAUUUGUUCUUCUCUUUUUUCUAUUCAAUGGGAAAUCCUCUUUACUUUAAUAUAUUUAUACUUACUUGCUUUCAAGGCCGUUUGUGAAUUGCUUUGAUUAAAUAUGUUUUCAAUGCCACAUGAAUUAAUUGAAAUAGUGUACCCCCUCCAAAAAAAAAAGGGGGGAUAUUUGACUCAUAUCUGGGCGCUUCAUACUCUGGUCAUUCAUAAAGUAUGUGUAAAACAUGUACCUUUAUAGAAAAAACAUGCAUGGAACAUUCUCUCCUCAUCUGGUUCAUAAUAGGAAUCUUUCAAAAACAUGACAGAAUGCAAAGAACAAAGUGUAACCCUAAUAGAGUUAUUUAAUUAUUUAGACCCAUCUGAUAGGGUUAAAGGUAAGUUAACCCCAACAAGUAAGUUGUGUAAUUUUUAAGAAGUUCAGAAUAGUGUGUGACAUCAUUAGUGACCUUAUUUGCAUACUGCCCAUGAUGUGCACAUCACUGUUUUGUGAAAAUGACACAACUUUCUGAUUUUGAUAAAAUUUUCAGUGUUAAACUUGUUUGAUUUUGUCUUUUUUUCAAAUCAGCUUUUUCAUGGGGUGGACUUGACCUUUAAGGUAGAAACUCAUCUGUGCAUGCUCAACUCCCUAUUUUUAUUUAAAUAGACUAAGUUUCCACAGACUGAUUUAUAUCUGAAUCUACCAAUUUUUUUUCCAUUGCAUUCUCAAAAGCUCUCAAAUUAUUUUUCUAAAAAUCAAAGUUAUUCCUGAAAUAAGUAGUUAGCAAUUUACACCAAUACUUAAAAUCCUUUUGUAGUACAAUUAUUCUUUGUAAUGUUUUGUGCCAUGUUUAAUAAUGUAUAGAUGAUUUAUGUGAAAAAUGCACCCUAAAAGGGAUAGUAUGGUUUUCUACAAUAUGCAUAAAUGAUGUAAUCAUGUUUAUUGCUGUGAAAUAGGCAGCUUCUGUUUCUUUCUAUGUUCCCCUGAUCAGAAUGUUUUUAUAUGCGCAUCUCAUAUAAAGUAUGUAUAUUUGAAUGUUAUUUGCAUUGAAUAUUGCAAGUUAUGAGAUGAAUUCUAUGUAAUAUUUUGAUUUAGAAGUUUUUAAUUUAUUUUCUAAUAAAUGAUACUGAUCAUGCAAUUCA